AUGAACAACCAUCUUGAUAGUGUUUCAGGCCCGCAUAACCCAGAUCUGACAAUUGAUAUUCAGAACUUAAUUCUGGAUCACAAUGACUCGUUAUUGUUGAUUGAAUCAGAGUUCCAGAAGCUAAAAGAUUUGAAUGACUUGAUACUACAAAACUUUGAUUCGUUUUUGAUUGGUGGUGACUUGAAUAAUGAUACAAAGUUUGCAAAGCUGACAAGCCAAGUUCAACCAGCACUGAAUCAUCAAUCACUCAUCAACAAAUCUACAAUGCAUCCACUGGAUUCCAUAAAUAACUCAUCAUUCAUAGAUAUCACUAAUGUUUCGCGAACGGCUUUCCCACAGAAAGGUCUUCCUGAAAAUGAUUAUAAUACUGGUGCUUUUGGAUCGCUAUAUACUCAUGCUCAAAAUAUUUCAACAAAUGGGGCAAUUGAAUCAGUGGUCUCUCCACACAUGAAGCAUGAUAUUAAAAGAAAAAAAGAAAUUGAUGAUGAUUAUGAAGAAGAAGAAUAUGAUGAUUUCAAUAGCCAAGAAUUUAGUUCUAUUGCUGAUGAUGAGGAAUAUGCAGACAUGCAAAAGAUUAAAAAUACUACUGAUGGUAGGAACUUUUCAAGCCAUCAUGGUGAUCCGUCAAUGGAAGGCCAGAAAAAACAAAAUGCAGACACUUUAAGCUCAUCCAAAAAAGACGAUCCAGCCUUGAAAAGCUUGGCAAAAUUAACGAGUAGAUUAAAGUUGGAGGAUCUUGAUAUAGUGAAAACCGGAGAUUCAUUUUUAGAGUCAUCGUCACCCAAUCAACCAGAAAUACCUGACGAUACUAUUGAUUCAAUCGUUGAAAAUCACAGAGCUGAACACAUAGAACUAAAUCUUGGUAGCGAAAAACAUCAAAAGCUGAAUGUCAUGGUAAAAAUGGAGGACGAAGGGAAUUUGAUUGAUGAACCACUCCAACUACAAAUGGAAAAGCUAAAUUUCGAAAAAUUACAAACAAAAAGUGAAAUAGAUCCUCAAACUGUUCAAUCAUUAAAAGAGUUAAUGUCGAAGUCCUCAGAUCUUAUAAAUGGUGAGUUGGAGAUCGAUAGAAACUUGUCAACUAUAAUGGAAGAACGUGGGAAUGUUACCCAACUGACCAAUGGCCAAGAUAAUGUGAUUUUGAGUGAAAAAAUGUACAACUACAAUCAAUUAGUCAAUGAAAGAGGCAAUGCGCUUAUAAGGAACUUGAAUGGUGUUAUAGAUAGUUUUUCAUAG